AUGGAGGGCGAGGCGAACGGGACCCUGCGCUCGUCCUGCGGCUCCAGGGAGCCGCCCUACGCGGAGGAGCUUCUCCGCAGUCUUGACCUACCAGGGAGAUUUCUCUUUGCAACCUUGACUCUGAUGACGGUCAUUGCCAUUCUGGUGUUUAUAGAGGAAGCAGUCUACAUCUACAGGAAAAUCCCCUCCUCCAAAAGAUCAAUCAUUAUUUGGAUUAAUGCUGCAGCUCCAGUGAUCUCUACUACUUCAUGCAUCGGCAUGUGGAUUCCUCGCUCAGCAAUGUUUACAGAUUUCACAGCAGGAAUAUUUUUUGCCAUAGUUAUCCACAAGUUCCUGAUGAUGAUGAUUAAAGAGUGUGGAGGCCAGAAGGUGCUCCUCAGACGGUUUGAAAAUGGUCACUUCACCAUCAGCACUGGGCCCUGCUGCUGCUGCUGCCCCUGCCUCCCUCGUGUGCCCAUCACCAGGAAAACCCUCUUUUGGCUGCAGCUGAGCACCUUUCAGUUUGCUGUCUUUCGGCCUGUGCUCGUAUUUUUAUCAAUAGUACUUUGGACUAAUGACAAUUACAUCCUAUACAAUCUGUCUCCCAAAGGACCUGCACUGUGGAUCAGCUGCAUCGUUGGUGCCCUCACCCUUUUUGCUCUGUGGGCAGUGGGAAUCAUGUUCCGAAAAGUUAGGAUUCUCCUUAAGUGUAAGAACAUUAUCCCAAAGUUUGCUCUUUAUCAGUUUAUUGUCAUUCUGAACCAACUGCAGAUCACUAUUAUCAACAUGCUCGCUACACAAAAAAUCAUUCCCUGUGCUCCACCACUCUCCUCCACAGUAAGAGGAUCAUAUAUAGCCCAUCAGCUGCUCAUCAUGGAAAUGUUUCUGAUAACUGUAAUCUCUAGAGUGGUCUAUCGGAGAAAAUACCAUGACCUGGAGCCUCCAGAGGGUGUGGCUGAAGAGCCCAGGGACAAGAAGCAGACUCCUAAGAUUACCCUGAAUGGUGCAGUUGUUGAAGAUGGAUUGCCAAAAGUUUAGAAGCCUCCUGUGCUCCUGUUAUGCAGGAGCUGUAAGAUCAACUUCAGGAACUAGUAUAUUCUUACACCAAAAAAAUAGCCACUGUCCAUGUUGAAACAACUUCUGGCAUAAAUGCCUGUGAGCUGCAGUACUGAAAGGACUAGUAAAGAUAAUCCUGU